AUGAUCGGCAUUCUUGUCUUGUUGGCGGUGGUCACGCUGGUGACGCUCAACCACUUGCUCUCCCGAAUGCGGUUAAAGCCCGCCCGCAUCAAUUACGAUUACGAUGCCAUCGUUGUGGGCGGAAGCAUCGCUGGGCCUGUGGUGGCAAAGGCACUUUCGGCCCAAAAUCGGAAGGUGCUGCUGCUUGAGCGCGCGCUCUUCACCAAGCCGGAUCGCAUCAUCGGUGAGCUCUUGCAGCCCGGCGGGAUCAACGCGCUGAAGCAAGUGAACAUGGAGGGGUGCGCCACCUCUGUGGGUAUGCCCUGCGACGGGUACUUGGUGGUGGACGGAAAAGGUAAUCAGGUGGAGCUGCCGUACAGGGCGGGCUUUCAAGGCUACUCGUUUCACUUCGGGGAAUUUGUCAAUAACUUAAGGAAUGAUGUCUGGUCAAACUGCGCCUCGAACGUGACGAUGCUGGAGGCGACGGUGAACGAGGUGUUGAUGGAGAACACGGGCUUCCUUGAGCGCGCCUAUGGUGUAGUGUAUUCCAUUGCGGCGGACUACAAGGUGCCCGAGGCGCCAUUCAAGAAGGACGCCCCGAAGGACGCUCAGUCGACAGCAAAAACGGCAGAGCGACGCGUUGCGACAGCACCACUCAUUAUCAUGUGCGACGGCGGCUCCUCAAAGUUCAAGGCAAAGUACCAACACUACACCCCUGCACGGCAGUACCACUCACAUUUUAUUGGGCUCAUUGUGCGUAAUACCCAAUUGCCAGUAGAGAAACAUGGCACCGUAUUUUUCGGAAAAACAGGGCCCAUCCUGUCUUAUCGACUUGAUCCGAACGAGCUCCGCAUGCUGGUUGAUUACAAUAAACCAACCCUGCCAGGUUUGGAGCAGCAAAGUAAAUGGCUCAUUGAAGAGGUGGCACCGUGCCUUCCAGUAGAGAUGCGCUCUGCGUUUAUUUCUUCUGCAAAGGAUACAAGUGGCAUUCGUUCUAUGCCUGUAGCGCGUUAUCCCGCAACGUUUCCCUCGGCCAGAGGCUACGUGGGCUUGGGAGAUCAUGCUAAUCAGCGUCAUCCACUGACUGGGGGCGGUAUGACAUGUGCAUUUAACGAUGCGCUUCAUUUGGCAAAAAAUCUUGCUGACAUUCCAUGUCUGCGGAGCAAUGAUCUCACGGAAAUGGCGGAGAUUGAAGAUCGAAUUCAGGCAGCUAUCUUGGAUUACACACAACGGCGCUUCUGGCACUGCGGCUGCAUCAAUAUCCUCUCUUGGGCCCUGUACGCCGUAUUCAGCAUCCCCGCCCUGCGUGAUGCAUGUUUUGAUUACUUUAUGCUUGGGGGUGACUGCGUGGAGGGCCCAAUGUCACUGCUCUCCGGACUGGAGCCGAGGCCGUUUCAACUGAUGUUUCACUACUACCGUGUGAUGAUCUAUGGUGUAUUUAACAUGCUUACAGGCAGUGGUGUGUACAGCUGUCGCGGAGGGAAGAUGCCCAGCUUUCCACAAAAAUGCUUUAAUGUGGUCACAUUUUUGGUUAACCCAUUCCGCCUUGCCGAGGCCCUGCGUAUCCUUGUCGUUGCUACUCUGGUGGUGGUUCCCCUGGCAUAUUACGAGUUUAUCUCGCUCUGGAGGCUGAUGGAUCCCACCAGUCUUCUCCCCAACGUGGCACGGAAGAUAAAGAUUUUGCUGUACCGAGCCUGGUUCGACGGAAAGAACCGAAAACCGGUGGGUAUCUAG